AUGGAAUACGAACGUGAUUGGCGUUCUAAUAUUUCUAUUAUUUGUCGCAAACUUUAUAAAUUGAUGGAACAAUAUUCGGGUACAUCCCGUCCACACAGCGGUUCUAGUGUUUUGAAUAAUGAAAAUGAAGCCCCGAUACCUUCUAAGGACUAUAAAGUAAAUUAUUCUGUAAAAAAUAAUCAAAAUGCGACUACCGUUUCAACAUCAAUAACUAUUCUCGCUACUGUGUACGACGCAAUUCGCGAACACAAAUCUAAACAUGGAAAGAAAUUGGUUGCAUGGGAUAGUUUCAAAUAUCACUCAGUAAUCGAUGUUGAGGCAAAAUAUUGGGUAGGGUAUUAUUAUUUUCAUCAUGGUGAAGAUAUACCUGAAUUACAAUUAAUUAGUGAGGAAGAAAGGAUCAAAAUAGCCAUUAAUAUAUUUAAAGAAACUGCUGAUAAAGGGAAUUCUUCCGCUCAAUUAAGGUAUGGAAUGCAUUUAUGGCAAAAGGAAAAAAAUUACAUUGAGGGUUUUAAAUAUUUAAAAAUGUCUGCUGAUUCAAAUGAUGCAACGGCCAUGUUUAUCGUUGGAAAAGCUUAUUGGAAUGGUAUCAAUGGAAUUGUUCAAGAUAAGGUACUAGGUGCCCAAUAUUUAAAAACUGCUGCUUUGGCAGAUCAUUCUAAAGCUAAAGACUCGUGCAAUGAAUAUGGAAUUUCUUAA